AUGGGUGCUUGGAGAUGUGCAUGGGGUAAAACCAGAAGUGCAACAAAGAGUGAAAGUGAAGAGGAAGAGAAUCAGUUUGAGGAAGAGGAGGAGGAGGCCAGUGAUGCUUCGAUUGAUUAUGAAGAGAAGGAAAAGCAGGCUGAGCAGCAGUUUGAGGAAGUAAUGUACAAGUGCUAUCUUUAUGAGAAGAACUAUAAUCCUUGGAAGUUUUCUUGGACCAUGUCAGAACCUUUAAAUAUGGAUUCUGACGGAGAGGAGAUUCAAGGUAUGAAUAUUGAUGGAGAACCAGAGUAUGGAGAUGAAGUAGUGAUAUACAGUGAGGAAGAAGAUGAGGAUUCAGAUGAAGGUGUUGGUAAUGGGCCUUUUCCAUCUUCAAGCAAUGAUGAUGGCGGAGACUACUACUACGAGGAUGAGUUUGGCAGCAGCAGCGACAGUGAGGAACAUUCUUGUGUUGCUGAAGAAGUACAAGCAAAAGGGGGUUUCAAUUCCAGACAUGAUAUGAUGAAAAACAAAGAGAAGACUGAUGAAGGAUCCCUGAUAAAUAACAAGUCCAAAACUGAUAAUACUGAACCAUCUUCUAAUAUAAUUGCAAAGUAG